GGCUUAUGAAAUUGCAUGAAUUAUUGUCCCUUCAAUUUGGUGGGCAGCAUUAUACAACAAAUGAAUUAGAUGACACGAAAUAUUGAAUAACUUUUCGAAGUAUCUAAGAGCUGGAUUUUUAUGUUUGAAUUUCUAUGCUUGGUCUCAAUUUCACAUUUUUGAAGCGAGUUGGGUAUAAGUUUUUAAUACGCGCGGCACCCUCGAUUUCUCAAAUAAGGCAGUCACGUAUCGUCAUCGACGUUAGGUGCAUCAGUUUGUCAGAGCAAUGCAAAGAAGGUGUAUAGUAUAGGUAUAAUUUUAUCACGUAUGACCACGGCUCACCAAAUUGAAUGACGGAAUCAGUGCGGUCGAUUCAUAGAAAGGAAUAGUAGGGCUGGUUGCUAAAUUUAUGAGUCAAUGAUUGCGAUAAAGUGGUGUUGCGAGAGCUCGUUAUAAAACACACGGAGGUUAUUUUAUGUCCGAAAUCGCAAGAACUAUGUAAAACAUUAAUCCUGUCAAAUCGAGUCAAAAGGAAGUGUCAGACAAGGCAGACAACGUUUCGCGUGUUUAUCUGUCACUUCGUACGGUUGAUCGACCGUUGAAUCAAAAACUAGUUGCGGUGUAGCAGCGUGUGGAUAUAAUUAUAAUUAUUACUUACUAAAACUCAACGCUGAGACUGACGUGUCGGAUGUUAACUUAAUUUGUUAUUAAGGCUGAUAUAGUAUGCACCCGGUGAUAGACUUACUAUCGUAAUGAUAGUAACGUGAGAAGAGCUGCCAUUUUUUUGGUCUCCUAAACAAGAAAACACGACGAUAGUCUGAUAUUUUUACAAUAGAAAAGUAAUAAUAAUAGAAACAAUAGUACCACGCAACACAUUGACAGCAAAAUGGUAUCUCUGUUUUUUUCGCAGCCAAUGACACCAACCAUGACAGGCAUCGAGGAGCAAGAUAAACUUCUGGAAGAUUCAGUUGGCAUUGUGAAGGUUCAGGCUUUGCAGAUGAAACAUUGCCUCGAUAAAUCUAAACUCAUGGAUGCCCUGAAACACGCUUCGACGAUGCUUGGAGAACUUCGAACUUCGCUCCUUAGUCCCAAAAGUUACUAUGAAUUAUAUAUGGCAAUAACUGACGAACUCCGUCACUUGGAACUUUAUUUACUAGACGAGUUUCAGAAGGGAAGAAAAGUGGCAGACCUCUAUGAGCUGGUGCAAUAUGCAGGAAAUAUUGUACCUAGAUUGUAUCUCCUCAUAACUGUUGGCUUAGUUUACAUAAAAACCAAUCCUUGCCUGAAGAGAGAUUUGCUGCGUGACUUGGUGGAGAUGUGUCGUGGCGUUCAGCAUCCUUUAAGAGGAUUGUUUUUGAGAAAUUAUUUACUUCAAUGUACUCGAAAUGUGUUGCCUGAUGUAGCGGAGGGAGUUGAACAAGAGGGCACGGUGAGUAGGAGUAAAGGUUUCCCAGGAAUGUUAAAUUUACAGGUACGUGACAGCAUCGACUUUGUGUUGAUGAAUUUCGCGGAAAUGAAUAAACUUUGGGUUAGAAUGCAGCAUCAAGGACACAGUAGGGAUCGGGAGAGGAGAGAGCGAGAACGCGAAGAGCUCCGUAUUCUUGUUGGGACUAAUUUGGUUAGACUUAGCCAACUGGAAACAGUCACAUUGGACAAAUACAAAAAGCUUGUUUUACCUGGAAUAUUAGAACAAGUAGUUAGCUGCAGAGAUGCAAUUGCCCAAGAAUAUCUCAUGGAAUGUAUAAUACAGGUAUUUCCCGACGAAUUUCAUCUUCAAACUCUGAAUGCAUUCUUGAAAUCAUGCGCGGAACUACAAAAUGGUGUGAACGUGAAGAAUAUUAUUAUAUCAUUAAUCGAUAGGCUGGCUGCAUUCAGUCAGCGAUCAGAUGGGGUUGGUGGGCCAGGAAGUCCGAGUCAAAUACAAGGAAUCCCUACCGACGUAAAAUUAUUUGAUGUAUUCAGCGAUCAGGUUGCUACGAUCAUACAGACUAGGCAAGACAUGCCGCCUGAGGAUAUAGUAUCUCUUCAAGUUGCACUCAUCAAUUUAGCACACAAGUGCUAUCCAGACCGAGUUGAUUAUAUUGAUAAAGUUUUGUGCACUACAGUCCAAAUAUUCCAGAAGCUCAAUAUCGAAAGAUUGGAAUAUAAUAGUGCAGUUUCACGUGAAUUAUCCAGGCUGAUGAAGAUCCCUCUCGACAACUAUAAAAAUAUACUUACUGUCUUGAAACUUGAAUAUUUUGCACCACUUUUAGAAUACUUUGAUUAUGAAGGGAGAAAGUCUUUGGCUGUAUACAUAAUUACAAAUAUCUUGGACAAUGAGACUCUGAUACCAACUCAGGAACAAGUAGAUGCUGUUUUGUCUAUGGUGUCUCCUCUGGUUCAGGAUCAGCCAGAUCAGCCAACGGUUGAAGAAGAUCCAGAAGAUUUUGCUGAAGAGCAAGGCCUGCUUGGCAGACUAAUUCAUCACUUCAAGUCAGAAACUGCUGACCAACAAUACAUGAUACUUAGUGCGGCAAGGAAACAUUUCUCUACUGGUGGAAAUAAAAGAAUAAAAUAUACUCUCCCACCGAUCGUGUUCCAAGCAUAUCAACUGGCCUUCACAUAUAAGGGUCUGAAAGAACAAGAUGACGUUUGGCAGAAAAAGUGUCAAAAGAUUUUCCAAUUCUGUCAUGCGACAAUUACAGCAUUAAUGAAAGCCGAACUCGCCGAACUUCCACUGCGACUGUUCCUCCAAGGAGCUAUUGCUAUUGGUGAGAUUCGAUUCGAUAACUUUGAAACGGUCGCCUAUGAAUUCAUGAGCCAAGCCUUUUCAAUUUACGAAGAUGAAAUUAGUGAUUCCAAAGCCCAAUUGGCAGCAAUCACCCUUAUAAUAGCUACUUUUGAACAAAUGAGCUGUUUCUCUGAGGAGAAUGCAGAACCAGUCAGAAACCAGUGCGCCCUGUAUGCCAGCAAAUUGCUAAAGAAGCCAGAUCAGUGCAGAGGUGUUGCAACGUGCUCGCACAUAUUCUGGUCUGGAAAAUCGCUUGCUACUGGCAGCAAAGAGAUGCAAGAUGGAAAUAAAGUUUUAGACUGUUUGAAGAAGGGCAUCAGAAUAGCAAGUCAAUGCAUGGAUACGUCGGUUCAAGUUCAGCUGUUUGUUGAACUACUCAACCACUACAUUUACUUCUAUGAAAAAGGAAAUUCUGCGUUGAGCAUCCAAAUUUUGAACCAAGUAAUUACGAAGAUAUGGGAGGAAUUGCCAAACCUAGAAGUGAGCGAGGAGACCGAACAGAUUCAAAAACACUUGGCGAACACUUUGGAACACCUUCGUAAUAGAAUGGAAUCUCCUGAAUCAGACGGUCCCUCUUAUCAAGGGCUGGUCCUGUAACAGAGUUUUCUAAUUUCGUCCAUUUGAUAGUCCUGUAAAUAUUUCAUCAUUGUGAUAAUUUUUCAAAUGAACUUGUGUAUAAUGAAUAAUAAUUCGGUGCAGUGACUUUCAUUCCUGCAGCAGCUAUAAAGAAAAGCCUUCGAAAUUGUGAACAAAACAAAAAUUCAAAUAUCGGAUUGUACAUUAUUCAGCACUGUAGUAGAAAUAUUCGAACGAAAGAAGGAAAUUUGUAUGUAACUGUACAAUGCGUGAUUGUGUUGAUCAAAAUGUAAUGAAUUCAACAAGCAAACUGUUAUGAACUAUAAAAAGUUGUGUACGGAAUUAUUGAACAUUAUUCAAUAAUAAAUAUAUGCAUAACAAGAA